GUCCAGUUGUAACUUGUGCGGGCGGAGCUUCACGUUGAUCAGCAUUUAAAACUCUUUUGAUUCAGUGACUUGCCAUCAGAGAACAAAUAAUUAAACAAAAAGUACCCGAAGAGGAAUCAUAAGUUUUCCACGGAUAAGAAUAAUCCAGUUUGAAGAGAGGUGUAUUCGCAUCGGCCGCCGCAAGGUCGAUGCAUGAGUGAACACCUGAAGGACCCCAUGCUUUUUGAACAUCUUUGCAUUUGACAGCUAACUUUACUGGGUGUUAUUACAAUUACUGGACACCCGUGGGACUCUAAACUACUGACGUAUGGCUUUCGUUUCAAUACUCCAUCCUCAAACGACACUUAAACGAUGUCGCCUCGGGCUGUGUUGAGUAGGCUAGCUCUCUAGGUUGGCUUCCUCCUAGACAAACCAGGAGCAUCCUGCUAGCAUCCUGUUAGCAUCGCAGCUAGCAAGCCCAACUGGAAGUGAUUAAAAGUGAGGCAGUGAUCUCGUACGAGGUGAACCAUGGCAGGUGGCAUCACAGAGUCUGGGGAGCCCUACUCCCCAUUUGUGGGCCUGGUGUAUAUGUUCAACCUGAUCGUGGGGACGGGAGCGCUCACCAUGCCCCGGGCCUUCGCCACCGCCGGUUGGGCAGUCAGCCUGUCACUCAUCUCCUUCCUGGGGUUUAUGAGCUACAUGACGACCACCUUUGUGAUCGAGGCGAUGGCCGCCGCCAAUGCUCAGCUCCGCUGGAAGAGGAGGGAACGGGAGGAGGAGGACGACCCCGCCGACUCCACCUCGGAGGACUCUGAUGAUGACGUCAUGGUGCGGGGGCGUUCGGAGCCUGAGAGUCGGCCCAUCCUCUCCGUGCAGCGAUCUAGCGGCCAUGUGGAUCAGUUUGAGAUUGUGGAGCGGGUUGAGAUGGGACAAAUGGCCUCCAUGUUCUUCAACAAAGUGGGCGUGAACAUGUUCUACAUCUGCAUCAUCGUCUACCUGUACGGAGACCUGGCCAUCUACGCUGCCGCUGUGCCCAUCUCCCUCAUGGAGGUCGCCUGUGGAAACCACUCGUGCAGUGCCGGCACUGUGAAGUACAACGACACCGACCUCUGCUGGGGCCCCGUCACCAGGAACGACGCCUACAGGGUUUUCUUGGCCGCGUUCACUCUGCUGCUGGGUCCCUUCACCUUCUUCAACGCCCAGAAGACCAAGUACCUGCAGAUCCUCACCUCGCUGAUGCGCUGGAUUGCCUUCACCAUGAUGAUCAUCCUGGCGCUGAUCCGCAUCAGCAAGGGCCGCGGCGAAGGCCGCCCGCCCACGGCCUCGCUGGCGGGUGUGCCCAACCUGUUUGGCGUGUGCGUGUACUCCUUCAUGUGCCAGCACUCGCUGCCCUCGCUGGUCACGCCCAUCUCGGAGAAGAGGCGCGUGGGCACCCUGGUGGUGGUGGACUACGUGCUCAUCCUGUGCUUCUACACGCUGCUCUCCUUCACCGCCAUCUUCUGCUUCGACAACGCGCUGCUGCACGACAUGUACACGCUCAACUUCACCGACAACUGCGACGUGCUGGACGUGCCGGCGCUGCGCUACUUCCUGGGCCUGUUCCCCGUGUUCACCAUCAGCACCAACUUCCCCAUCAUCGCCGUGACGCUGCGCAACAACUGGAAGACGCUGUUCCACCGCGACGGCGGGACCUACCCCUGGGUGGUGGACCGCGUGGUGUUCCCGCUCAUCACCGUGGUGCCGCCCAUCCUCGUGGCCUUCGGCACCCACAACCUGGAGUCCCUGGUGGGCAUCACGGGGGCCUACGCCGGCACGGGCAUCCAGUACAUCGUCCCCGCCAUGCUGGUGUACCUGAGCCGGCGGCACCUGGAGCCCGUGGUGGGGCGCGACGUGGUCAACAAGCACCGCUCGCCGUUCCGCCACGCCUUCUGGGUGUGGUUCGUGGUGGUGUGGGCGGCGUUCUGUCUGGUGUUCGUCACGGCCAACAUCAUCCUGGACGACACCAGGAAAUGAGGAGGGGCGGGGAGGAAGGAGGGGUUACUGUCGAUUCGGUUUGAUUCUCGAACCCGCGGCCUUACCUUACGGGACUGACCUGCUACAGAGUGUAACAGGAUGUGCCUUUUUUUUUUUUUUUUAAAGCAAGGACUUUAAUUGCGUGUAAAUUCAAUCAGCUGGAGAUUACUUUAUCACAGACGUGUUGAGAGGGACCAAAGGUACCGCGGUGUUGGAUGCUGGAACUGAACUAAAAAAAAGGGAAAAAAGCAAUCGGGUCAAGAAGGGAGAUUGAGCAUAACAUCUGUUAGCAGCUUAAGUUGCCACUUAAGUUCUGAGUUCGGCACAACUCGGGCCCUCCUCCGUAACUUCUGCCCUGCCUUGCUCGUAGGGGAGGGAACACGACUCUGCCGUGGGAAGGACCUCACGCAUCUUAACUAGAAAUGAACUGUAAUAAAAAAUAAAAAAUACUAAAUUUAGCAAUCAGGGAUAAUCUCGCUUUUAUUGCUCGCUGACAUUCUGUGUUCUGUCUUCUUCAUUGACCGGAGUAGCGGCUCUAUCACACACACACACACACACGCACACACACAUCUACACAACUCGUAUGCAUGCAGCACACUCGCUUGCCUCCUGCUCUCGGCAGGUUGGGACGUGUCCCGUCUCUGCUGGGACAUGUCCCGUCUCUGCUGGGACAUGUCCCGUCUCUGGGACGUGUCCCGUCUCUGCUGGGACAUGUCCCGUCUCUGCUGGGACAUGUCCCGUCUCUGCUGGGACAUGUCCCGUCUCUGGGACGUGUCCCGUCUCUGCUGGGACGUGUCCCGUCUCUGCUGGGACAUGUCCCGUCUCUGCUGGGACAUGUCCCGUCUCUGGGACGUGUCCCGUCUCUGCUGGGACAUGUCCCGUCUCUGGGACGUGUCCCGUCUCUGCUGGGACAUGUCCCGUCUCUGGGACGUGUCCCGUCUCUUACGCCUCUUCUCUACACGUGUGUCUGUCGUUCACACACAGCGCACGGGCCUCAUCCCCUAAACCCGCUUACGAAUCCUCGCUCAGCCGUCCGUCUCCUAGACUCCAACAGACCAAACGGCUGAGUCACCUGUCCAAGGUGACAUCUGACCUUUGACCUUGAGGUGAGUUGAGGAAUGCAGCUGGCAAAGGCUAGACUACUCUGCCCAGUCAGUAGGUGUCUUCGUAUUUUCGUUUAUUACCGACCCGGUUGCUAGGAUGGAUAUUUCCCGGGAGAGAGAUAUAUCAGCAUUUUGUCAGCUGCCUUUUCAGUACCUUCACCCAGACGUGGGUUUUAUUUACGUCUUGUUCCUGCGCUACUCGAGGCCGGUGAUGUGGUGUCACUACUGCUGUGUCGAGGCUCUCAACUCUUGUCAGUGUUUAAUCUGUCUAUCUUCUGCCCUGGUGUUUGAGUCUGCAUCGUAGCCAUUAUCCUCGGGUAAGCUUCGCUGUGAACAUCCACCGGUGGCUUGGUACCUACCGCUGGUAAACGAGAGCUGGAGAAGAGGACUGUCUGAGCUGUAGCCCAUCAUGUCGCGUGGCUAAUGGUACAUUGGUCAGCUAACUGUAUGUUAGUUAGCUAACUGUAUAUUGGCAAGUUAACUGUGUUGACUUAUGGGCUUUAGCUUAUGAUGUUGCAAUGUAGUAGCCUGUGUUGUAGCUCAUUGGAUUGUGUAGCUCUCAUUCAUUUUUACAUGCUUACUCGCUUAGCUAACUGCGUUGAAGCUUACUUGAUGGUAUGGCUCAAUAUGCAAACCUAAGUUGCUAUUUUCCUUACAAUAAUAAUAAUAAUUAUUACGACGACAAGUGGCUAUUUAGCCUCGUAGCUGUGGGCCACCUAAUUGUGAAUAAGGGAACUCUGUCAAUACAAUUUAGCAUUUUUUGCGGUGGUUUGCACACAAUUUACUUGGGUAUUUAUAUUUUACGUUUUAAAUACUACAACAUUGUAUAACUGCUGACAAAACAUUAAACUUGUUCAAUAUUCCUUUUUGAAACUGGCAUGUUGAGCAACAUGCGAGUUUAGCACUUCCUACGUCGAAAACGUGAAGCCAGGUAGCCGUUUUCGGUGGUGGAUGGCUGCUAAUUACUGUCUAACAAGUUGAAUCCUGGGCACUUUUUUUACCGAUUUGUUUCCCCUCUAUUGUACAGCGUUGAGUGUGGUUAUCCCGUCGUAUCUGUAUUGUAUGUUUGAUGCUGAUGCCAGUGAUGUUAAAUGUGGCCUUUUGUAUUACAGUAGCAGUGUCUGUUAAAAUCUGUUACUCUGGCCCGUCUUUUGACCUGAGCAAUGCAUUCACUCACCCGUUUGAUUAUCCGUUCUUCUGGCUUUGUGUUCACCGGAUGAAUUCAGGUUAUCCUGGGUGUAAGUGGUUAGUGUGGUAGUGCGCAGAUCAGUUCAUCAAUGGCCAAACUUGAGUCAGUAAAGGAAAAUGCACUCUCAAAUACAAUUCAUUCAUUCAUUUUUUGCAUUUGUGGGAAAGAAUGAGUUGGCGUUGAAAAUUGGGUUCUUGUUGCUCUUCUACGAGUAGAAAAACUUGCUAAAUUUGCCUUUCAUUGUCUUGAGCAGCUCACCGUCUUUCCUGUUUUUCCCUGAGUUCUCCUUUUUCCUUUCCAAAAUGGCUUCCCACUCAGCACCUGUUCAGAAGCCAUUUCUGUUACCUUGACAAUCAGCCUCCCUUUCUGAAGGCGAGGAAAUCCUGUUUAUUUAUUGAUCGUUUCAUGCGUUUGUUUUCUGUGAUUUUGUAUGCUAUCGAGCUAUGUUCGUCUUUGCAUUUCUUUGUUUACAGCUAUUUCACCUUCAUGUGGUUCUACAUUUAAUGUCCAAGCACAUGUAUUCUGGUUUUCAAUGCAUUGGGAAAAAUGUCAAUAAUAAAACCCUGACGUUGAAAAGGUCCCAUAUUCUAUUUAAUUUUUUAUAAACACUCAAAUUAUUGUGUAAAACUACGGCUAUUCGUCAUCAUUUGAGAGUCGGUCACCACCGUACGUACAUUACUUCGUCGUGUCCUACAUUUCCCGUUUGGUAAAUGUCUUUAAUAGCAUGAAAGUAGGCCAGUGGUGAGGCUGGGCAGGCUUGGUCUUCUUAGCAGGACGGCUCUAAUUAACUCAUGGAAACAUCAGUCAGCAUGUCAGCACUCGGCCAGGAUGUUCUGAACCGCUGUCUUGAUGUCGUAGUAUUUCAUCACUUCCCCAUUUCCUUCCCGGCCAGAUCCCCUUCCCCCUGGCCUCUUCCUUAAGUGUAUAAUAUUUUUUAUUUAUUAAGGAGUGACUUUGUGUAGUUGGUUAUUUAAGAAAAAAAACGAAAAAAAAAAACGUUGUCUCUUGUAAGGCAAACCUCUUCUCAGUUUCAAUUUAACAGGGUCAACUGUGUGAGGAAGUAUAAUUGGAAAUGUUUGAAAAAAACUCUACAGCUUACUUUAUUUUUGAGGGUUUGCAGAGAGCUGGGAUUUAGGAGUCAAGGAGGACAUUUGUGUUAGGUGUACUGGGAUGAACCCUUUAGGCCCGGUGGGAUUCCAAAAUUACAAAAUUUUACUACAAGUCAAAUGUUGCAUCAAGCCAACAGUAAUGUUGGCGAGACGGGUCAGGUCAUCAUCUGGUAACUGGGAGGUUGCUAGUUCGAUUCCUGGCUCCCUAGGUCCUUUGCCUAAAUAAAUAUCUAUGGUACUUUAACCAAACCAUGUUGGUUACCAGGUGGUGUUUUCACUGUAUGAACCGGCCUCUGUAUGUGUUAUACAUGUUAAAUUAAUAGAAGAAAAACGUUUGGUUUGAUACCGGGCCCUCGUCUGUAUGAAUGGGUGAACGUUAGUCACGGUUUGUGUCUAUGAAUGGGUGAACUUUAGUCACUGCGUGUAUGAACGGGUGAUCGUUAGUUGUUUGUGAUUUGAUUGGCCACAGGUUAGAAAAGCGCUGUAUAAAUGCAGCCCAUUCAUGAGAGGUCAAGUCUUCUGCUCUGACCUAACUGUUUGAAUUGGUUCAGAAUGAGGCUAGAAUCAGAAAUAGUCUGUGUCUUCCAUGGCGCAGGGCUUUAUUUCUGUGGAAGUG